AUGACCCUCUUCUGCAAGACAGUUGCCGAACGCACACGUCCCGGUCAGCGACAGGACAUCGAAGAGAAAUCGUACACAUUUCACGUCUACGGCCGGUCCGAAGGCAUAGCGGGCGUCAUCAUUUCGGACGCAGACUACCCUGCUCUCGUCGCCCAUCAGCUUCUUUCCAAGAUUGUCGAUGAGUUCCUCGUCAAGCACCCCCGGACAUCCUUUAUUGGCAAGGAAAUAAGCGGCCCCCUUGACUUCCCGGAGUUGAAGGAGUAUAUUGUUAAAUACCAGGACCCCACCCAGGCAGACAGCAUCAUGAAGAUUCAAAAGGAGCUGGAUGAGACUAAGAUCGUCUUGCAUAAGACUAUUGAAAGUGUUCUGGAGAGAGGGGAGAAGAUUGACAGCCUUGUUGCAAAGAGUGACGGCCUAAGCGCACAGAGCAAGAUGUUCUAUGGCCAGGCCAAGAAGCAGAACAGCUGCUGUGUUGUUAUGUAA